GCAAGCCAUUUUGAAUGGAGGAGAACCUUGGCUUGAUAAUAUUUCUCAUUUGUCAUAAGUUGUUACCUUGCACCCAGUCCUGUUUUGAGAUAACAACAGUGGGCAGUUUGCAACUAACCCUCUGUUGUUCUGACGAAACUAUGAUAUUCCAUUCAUUUAUCUCAGGGAAAGGAAGCAUAUGCUUCUACAGUCAUAUUCCUCCUAAGGUGAAGGGCCUGUGUGAAGGCCUGCUAACAUCACUCCAUGCUGAGGAGCUGGCUGGAGACUCUGCAGAGUGUGACGUCAUCCUGGCCUUCUGUCCUGUUGUCUCUCGCCUUGGGACAGACGUAGAGGCAGCUCUCAAAGAAAUACCAGACACACGGCAUUGCAUCCUGAUUGUUAUGCACUUCACCUUCGAUCCAGAUUAUGUGAUACCGGACAGCAAGAGAUUUACUCAAGGGAGACAUGUUGACACUGUAGAUUGUCUAUUUCAUGAAGAUGCAGGACUACUUCAGUGUUUAAGGAACGAUGCUGCAAUUAAAGAAAUCCUCACACUUAUGGAACCCUAUUCUAAGGAGGGAAGGAAGAAGAAGGAUAAAAAGGAGAGGAAAGAGAGGAAAACAUUGGAAGCUAUUGUCACACCUCCUAUUACUGGAGGAAAGCUACCUGGAGGACCCCCAACAUCUUCGAAGCCCUUUCCACGAACCGCACAAGAUCGCAAUCAUCUCCAUGGAGCACUCCCCCAAUCUCAGUUUGAUGUGGAAAACCCACCACCCCACCCUUCUGCAGAGCCAAAUCCAGCUAUUAUCACACCUCUGAUUACUGGAGCAAAGCCAUCACCUGAUAGUCCUGGUAGAGCCGUGCCAUCUUCUAUUCAUAAGCGGUAUGGAGAAAAGCUGACAUCUUCAGAGACCACUGGAAGACCCCCGAUAUCUCCUGAGCCUACAUCUUCAGAGACCACUGGAAGACCCCCAUUAUCUCCUAAGCCCUCUCCAGAGAGCGUACUGACAGAAUUAGUCUGA